AUGUCCUUGACCAAGAUGGGCCAAACAAACAACAAGUGUGACACAAGCCGCACCUUAGGCUUCACCAGCGACAACAGCCGCAGCAGCAGCAGCAACCGUGGCAUCAGCGACUUUCUAAGCACCAGCUUCCGAACACUAUUGAGCAGUAGCAGCAGCAGCAGCAGCCGUAGCCAGACCAGCAGCAGCCUGAGAAACCUGCUGAACUUAACAACAUGCGACAAGUACUCCAGCAGCUACAAGGACCAAUGCAGCGUCUGCAGCUGCUCUGGCUGCGAAUCCAAUCAUACCAGCAAAAACCCAAGCAGCACCGUCAGUGAUAGCAGCAGCAGCAGCAGCAAGAGCAGCGGCUACUACACUGCUCGCAGCAACAACUGCAACUCCUGCUACGGGAGUCGCUUCGCGAGAGUCAGCCGGAUCCCGGAACAUAUUACAUCUGAUUCCGGGUUUACGCUGGUCGGGGUUUCUCCCUUUAAAGAGAUCAACGUUUCCGACCCGCCACAGUCAGGAUUAUCGACCCGCCAAAAAGACGGCAGCGACGACGACGACGACCCGCUGAAGAUAUAG